GGGGAGGUAUGUUUUUGCAUGAGUUUCCUUGAAGUAAAUUUUUUUGUCAUCAGUUUUUUGUCUCUCUCAUACUGUACCGGUGGGCAAAAUCGCACAAUUAUAAUGUUAAACUACCACUAAAGAUAAAUGUGAUGACAGAAUUAGUGAAAAGUGAUUAAUAUCGAGAUAUUUUAAUACGAGAAAUAUAACGACGUAGCAGUGUGGUUUCUUAUCAGCGAAGAGUUUAAAAAAAAUAAUUAAAGAUGUCUCUCUGGGCUAGAGCUCAGCAGCUUCCUCCCGAGAGCCUUCAAAAGGUCCGUACCAUCUACGGGGAUCAUUUCCCGAUUGAAGUACGCCACUGUUUGGCACCAUGGAUCGAAAGCAGGAUUUGGACCGCGGAGCCAGAGGACCAGCAACGUUUCUUCGUGGACGAGCUGGUGCAGGAAAUCCAAGCCCAUGCUGACCUGAUGCUGUCUCCGGACAUGUUUGUCACCAAGAUGAAGCUUCUGGACGCUGCCAAGAAUUUCCACAUGCAGUACAGCCACGCUCCGCAUGAGCUGUACGCGUACAUGCGUCGUUCGCUUGCCCUGGAGAUGGACGUCAUCCAAAACGCCAUGGGCACUCCAUACGUUGCCCAGCCUCAAACGGAGAGGAAAUAUAGUGAGCUUAUUACUGGUCUUCAAACAGUCCGUCAGAAGGUCAGCAUGGUUGGGGAAGAGAUACGCAGCUUGCAGGGGAAUAUUGAAUCCUUCUCGCUCCAGUACCAUGAGUGCUUGAAGAAUAAAGGACAUAUGAACUACCUUCAGCAAUCCAUGACGAAUGAACGUCGUGACCUUGUGGCUUGCUUGCGCGUCCAGAUCGAAGAGACGGAGAGGAAGCUCAACGCUCUUGUGGCACAAAUCAGCCAGUCUCAGAUGGAGCUGGUCGACCAUAUGAAGGAAAAUAUCGCCAACCUCCGCCAGCUCCAGAGCCAGGUUCUUGAUGAGGAGCUGAUCAAAUGGAAACGUGAACAGCAACUCAGUGGCAACGGCGUUCCCAUGCAAUCAAACCUCAAUACCAUACAAGAAUGGUGUGAGCUCCUCGCCGACCUCAUCUGGACGACGAGGCAACAAGUCAACAAUGUCGCACGCAUCAACACUAAGACCAUUGUCGAGUUGCGACAACCCCAUCUAGCUGAGAUGCUCGAUGAGAUGAGUAAACAGGUGACUGGUCUAUUGUCCACUUUAGUGACGUCGACGUUCGUGAUCGAGAAACAACCACCUCAGGUCAUGAAGACCAAUACUCGCUUCACGGCUACUGUCCGUUUACUGGUCGGGGGUCAGCUAAACGUAUACAUGACGCCGCCUCGAGUCAGCGUCGUUAUCAUAUCCGAACAACAAGCUCAACUGCUUCUGAAAAGCGAGACCCAAGCCGGUAAAGGCAAGCAGCCGGUCGAAUGCGGUGAUAUAUUGAACAAUACCGGAAGUAUGGAGUACCAGCCAACCAGCAGGCAGCUUAGCGUCAGUUUCCGCAACAUGCAACUCCGUAAAAUCAAGCGUGCUGAGAAGAAGGGUACGGAGAGUGUGAUGGAUGAGAAACUGACUUUGCUGUUCCAAUCUCAGUUCAAUGUUGGUGGAGGAGAGCUGGUGUUCCAAGUCUGGACGCUAUCUUUGCCAGUGGUGGUGAUCGUCCACGGAAACCAGGAGCCGCACGGCUGGGCUACUGUCACCUGGGAUAACGCUUUCAGCCCACCAGGACGCGUUCCUUUCGCUGUACCGGAUAAGGUGACGUGGGGUCAACUAGCAGAAACUCUUCGCAUCAAAUUCUGCUCCGCGACCGGCGGAGAUCUUUCGGAGGACAACCUGAGAUUCCUCGCCGAAAAGAUAUUUAGUAUAUGCGCCGUCCCCAGGACGAGUCUCCCUCUAAACACGAUGGAGCUGAACGCCAUGCCAGUAUCCUGGACCCAGUUCUGCAAGGACGCCCUGCCUGAGAGGAACUUCACCUUCUGGGAGUGGUUCUACAUGGUCGUCAAGGUCACAAGGGAUUAUCUCAGGACGCUGUGGUGUGAUCAUCUGAUCAUGGGUUUCAUUCAAAAGAAACAAGCUGAAGAAAUGCUUUCCAAGUGUCCCGCCGGAACCUUCUUGCUUCGAUUCUCCGACUCCGAACUGGGAGGCAUAACUAUCGCCUGGGUUGGUGAGGGCAACGAGGUCUUCAGUCUUCAACCGUUCACAUCCCGCGACCUGAUGCUGCGGUCCCUAGCUGACCGGGUACUGGAUCUCACCCAGCUGCAGUUCCUCUACCCCAACAUUGCCAAGGACGACGUUUUCUCCAAGUACUACACCAAACCCGAAAAUGAGAUGCUGAAGAAUGGGUAUGUGAAACCCGUGUUAGUGACGACGCUACCCCCUUACAUGUCCUCGUCGCCGGCGUACGCGCAUUCCCCAGAUUCGCAUCGCAACACCCCCAGCGUACAAAGCAGCUACUUCAGUGCGGCUACGCCGGCCCAAACUGACAGUUUCAUGGACAGUGAACUGUUCGAGCAGAUUCGGGCCUUCGAACCAGAUGGCAUGGAUGAAUUCGACAUCUAUAGUAACAUGAGCAUGAAAUAAGAUGACAAACAAGUUAUAAACACGGAAAUAUUUUACCUUUUUUUUUAGUUUAAGUAAAUAUAAAGAUCAUUAUUAUUAUUAAUAUUAAUAUAGAUGAGUCA